CGGCUGGAGAACCCUACAAAACGUCGCAUGACUGCAAAAACACACAUCGAGCUGCUCGACCACAACUCAGUGUCCUAUCCAUGAAUCCGUGAGACGUCCGAUGGACAGCCGCCAAUGCAGAAGUCAAUGGUGGUGAACACAGUUAGUGGAAUUGGCUAAAUAGCUUCUCGGUGCGAGCAACGGGAUCACAACCAAAAUCACCGGAUACCGCAUAGACGAAGGCGGGAAUGCCUCUCUUCAGUCUCGCUCGAUUCUUUAGCCUUAGCUCGCUCGGACGACGCCACCGUCGCGGCGAAAGAGAACAGCGGCGAAUUAUGCGGAGCCGAUCAUCGCGGCGCGUACAGGAAGUUUCAACCGUGAAAGGUGUUGUACACAUACCAUAUAUGGAGGCCACGUCCGUCGAGUUCGAUAUUCGCAGCAAUCGAUCGAUCUCUUCGUCAUUCUACGUGAAGGGCAGCGCUGCGUGUCCGGAUCACCGCGGGUUGAUGAACUCUUUGCGCUCGUUUCGAGCACAAGGCCCUGUCGAGGUUGCCAAGAAGGAGCAGAAGAAACUCCGCAAGGCAUUGGAACGUGCGGUCAAACAAGAGCGAAAAGAAGCUCGCAAGAUGCAGAAACUCGCCAAAAAGUCCGACAGGUCAGUGAGAGAAAGAGGUGGCAGCUGCAACCGAAUCGCUUUGCUAUCUACUACCACCGUGAGCGAUUGCAGUGUCAUGUCAGACCAGGAGAUCUUGGCAGAGAUCUGGGCUAUGCGUUCAUCGUCCAUGGGCCGGGUGAGCGAUGAGAGCAUGCCUGUAGUAGACGACAAAUUGGCGGAUACUGCGCCCAUGGAGUUCUUGUUCUUCACGGGCUGCCCAGAUGACAACAGCCUGGAUGUAAGACACCGGCGGGCUCGAUCGAAAGCCCGACUGGCGCGGUACAGUGCGACGCCGUCUUUCACAACGACUGUCCCCGUAAAAUCGACAUUGGUGUCCAACAUGCCACCGCUAUUCGUGCCACGCUUUUGAGGAUAACCAGGCUGAUUCAAAUACAUCGAUUUUAUUGUUAAGCUUAGAGGAA